CGCCCUCCGGUACCACGCGGGGGCGCUCGCUAGCUAACGGUGUCUUUUCCUCCCUUCAGUAUUAUGAAUGAAAGUCUGUUCUUUAAUUUCAGCACUGAAGUAGUUAUCAAACGUUAUCAAUAAGGUGCUGAGCUAAGAGCGGAACUAAGCUCGCGUAAAUUAGUUCAAGAUGUCUGCGAGUGCGGUGUAUGUCUUGGACUUAAAAGGAAAGGUCCUUGUGUGCCGAAAUUACCGAGGAGAUGUGGACAUGUCUGAGAUUGAGCACUUCAUGACCCUCCUGAUGGACAAGGAGGAGGAGGGGACCCUCUCCCCGAUCCUGGCCCACGGGGGGGUUCGUUUCAUGUGGAUCAAACACAAUAACCUCUACUUGGUCGCAACGUCCAAGAAAAAUGCUAGCGUCUCGCUGGUCUUCUCCUUCCUGUACAAAAUUGUCCAGGUUUUUUCAGAGUAUUUCAAAGAACUGGAGGAAGAGAGCAUUAGAGAUAACUUUGUCAUCAUAUACGAGCUGAUGGAUGAGCUGAUGGAUUUUGGCUAUCCUCAGACUACCGAUAGCAAAAUUCUGCAGGAAUAUAUAACCCAGGAAGGGCACAAGCUAGACACCGGCGCCCCGCGUCCCCCCGCCACAGUCACCAAUGCCGUCUCCUGGAGAUCAGAGGGCAUCAAGUACAGGAAGAACGAGGUCUUCCUGGACGUCAUUGAGUCGGUCAACCUCCUGGUCAGUGCCAACGGCAACGUUCUGCGAAGUGAGAUCGUUGGCUCCAUCAAGAUGCGCGUCUUCCUCUCUGGGAUGCCUGAGUUGCGGCUCGGCCUUAACGACAAGGUUUUGUUUGAAAACACUGGAAGAGGAAAGAGUAAAUCUGUAGAGUUGGAAGAUGUGAAGUUCCACCAGUGCGUCCGUCUGUCUCGCUUUGAGAACGACCGCACCAUCUCCUUCAUUCCUCCCGAUGGAGAGUUUGAGCUCAUGUCCUACCGCCUCAACACCCACGUGAAGCCCUUGAUCUGGAUUGAAUCUGUCAUCGAGAAGCACUCCCACAGUCGCAUCGAGUACAUGAUCAAGGCGAAGAGUCAGUUCAAACGGCGCUCCACGGCCAACAACGUGGAGAUCCACAUUCCCGUGCCAACGGACGCCGACUCUCCCAAAUUCAAGACUACCGUGGGCAGCGUGAAGUGGGUGCCCGAGAACAGCGAGAUCGUCUGGUCAAUCAAGUCCUUCCCUGGUGGAAAGGAGUAUUUGAUGCGCGCCCACUUCGGUCUGCCGAGUGUCGAGGCUGAAGACAAGGAAGGGAAGCCCCCAAUUAGUGUCAAGUUUGAGAUACCGUACUUCACUACCUCAGGCAUCCAGGUGCGAUACUUGAAGAUCAUCGAGAAGAGUGGCUACCAGGCUCUGCCGUGGGUGCGCUACAUCACCCAGAAUGGAGAUUACCAGCUCCGGACCCAGUAGGCAGCGCCUCGGUCCUCCGUGGGCAGGUGGAAAUCAGAGGGAGGGGGGGGGGCGGCGCUAAUGCGCUAUUAAUGGCAGGUGUCAGUCACGAGACGAGAGGACUCUUCUUUUCCUUUUUUUUUAGUUUUUGUAUCUGUUGAUGUUCUACUGAUUUCUGAUCAAUGCAAAUAAUAGUUGGAGCCUGCGGUUAGGUAAGGUUGUCAAAUCAAAAGUAAUUUUGUUUUACUACUAUGUGGCUCUUAAUGUGAACGAGGCCAAGGGUAGCAGAAGUCAUGUUUACAUCCAGCACGCACCGAUGUACUCAAAGUUAUUACAGAAGGAGUCAAAACGGUUUAAAAGAGUUAUGUUACAAUUGUCAUUUAGUUAAUGUAAUCGCAUCCACGCAGGUUAAUAAAAUAUGUCUGAGUAGGAUAUCUUUUUAUACGAAGCUGCUUUGUUCUGCCACAAUUCCAAUUUGUUGAUUAUGUGUAUAUAUUUGUUACAUGUUGAUGAACGUCAGUGUUAUUUGUUUGCAAAUUAUAAAUGGUAAAGCAAAGUUAUAUCUCUUUUUUUUUUUUUUUUCUUUGUGUAGUAUUAUCACCUGUGAGGCCAGAGCAUUGCCCUGUCGUGCUUUUCUUCAAAUUGACUCCUCUGACAUUUCGGCUUUGUAGGAAACAUGAACUUUGAGUCGUACGGUAGAAAUGCCAGUUGAAAAAGAAAAUCCCUCUUUUCCAACCUGACGGUCGUUGUCUUUUCCCUGUCUGUAACCACACACCUUUUAAAUCAUUAAAUGUCUAUUUAGAGAAAACGUU